GCCCGCCGCUAAGCCGCCUUGAAGAGAGCAAGGCAAGAGCCCCGCUGGCCGCAGAGCUGCCGGAGCACCCAGCGCCUGGCCAGACCCUCCGCGGGGAUCCAGAGGGACAGGACAGGGACAGGUCGGGAACGCCGGGUGAGGGAUGGCUGCGUCCCCGGCGGGGUCGGUGGUGAGCGCCGGGCUGGAUGAGAGCCCCACGGGUGAACCCCGUGUGGAGUCCCUGAGGUGUCCCCAUUCACGUCCCCGGGCUGAACCGGCAGAGACAGGAGCCACCCCAUCUCCAGGAUGCUGGGUGGCAGCAGGGACUGGUGGGAAGGACGAGGGACAUCGGGAUGCCCAGAGGAGCCCCAGAUACGACGGCUCCACUCCCGCAGGGCUGAGCCCGGCCCCCGGGAAGGCGCUGAGCCCGGUGCUGCUGUGCAAGGUGUGCGGGGACACGAGCAGCGGGAAGCACUACGGCAUCUACGCCUGCAACGGCUGCAGCGGCUUCUUCAAGCGCAGUGUCCGCAGGAAGCUCAUCUACAGGUGCCAGGCGGGGACGGGGCUGUGCCCAGUGGACAAGGCUCACCGCAACCAGUGCCAGGCCUGCCGGCUCAAGAAGUGCCUGCAGGCCGGCAUGAACAAGGAUGCUGUGCAGAACGAGCGCCAGCCCCGCAGCACGGCCCAGGUCCGGCUGGACAGCAUCGAGCUGGAUGCUGAGCUGCCCCCUGAGCACGUGGCCACCACACGUGAGGUCCCCCCAUCACCCUGUCCGGCUCCUCGUGGUCCCAGUGCCACUGUCGCUGUCACCCCGGGUCCCCGAGCGCCCACACCACCCACCAACCAUCGCUUCAUGGCCAGCCUGAUGACGGCCGAGACCUGCGCCAAGCUGGAGCCCGAGGACGCUGAUGAGACGGUGGAUGUGACGGGCAGCGAGCCGGAGCGGGCGACCGGCGAGUAUCAGGUGGCUCCGUACCCGGCAGCCAGCCCCGAAAACAUCUACGAGACCUCAGCACGUCUCCUCUUCAUGGCUGUGAAGUGGGCCAAGAACCUGCCCGUCUUCUCCAACCUGCCCUUCCGCGACCAGGUGAUCCUGUUGGAGGAAGCAUGGAGCGAGCUGUUCCUGCUCUGUGCCAUCCAGUGGUCCAUGCCCCUGGAGAGCUGCCCGCUGCUGGCUGUCCCCGAGCCGGCCCCUGGGAAGCUGCUGCCGGCCGCCCUGGACGUGCGGGCGCUGCAGGAGACCCUUGGCCGCUUCAAGGCAUUGGCUGUCGACCCCACGGAAUUUGCCUGCAUGAAGGCCGUGGUGCUCUUCAAACCAGGUGAGGCCACCCCCAGCACCCACCACUGGCCAUCCCUGUGCCCCUCCCCAGCCUGUCACCCCCUUGUCCCUGCAGAGACCCGUGGCCUGAAGGACCCUGAGCAGGUGGAGAACCUGCAGGACCAGUCGCAGGUGAUGCUGGGCCAGCACAACCGUUCCCACUACCCCGGGCAACCCGUCAGGUUCGGGAAGCUGCUGCUGCUCCUCCCGGCGCUGCGCUUCAUCUCCUCGGAGCGCGUGGAGCUGCUCUUCUUCCGCCGCACCAUCGGCAACACCCCCAUGGAGAAGCUGCUGUGUGACAUGUUCAAGAACUGAACCCCCUUCCUGCUGUCACCCGGCGUGUUUGUCACCCUGCGCUGGCACCCUGUCACCCCCACCCUGGGUCUCCUCACCCUGGGGUGUGAAGGUGCCCGUGGUCCCAUCUCCGGGGCGAUGUCCAGGACUGUGGAAUGCUGCUGGCAGCUGGGAGGUGGAGCCAGCUUCCCUGGGAGUGGAAGGGGGAUGUUCCCAAAUGAGUGCCCAGUGCAGUGGCAGCACCUCGUUGGGGCCGGUCUUGAUGGUGUCCCAAACGCUGGAGGAACCCAGGCAAAGGCACCUUGGCACCAUGAGGACCCGCUGCCACCCAGGAGCCACCAGCCUGGGGGACACUUACCCAGGGAUGACGCCAACCUGGGGGUGACACCAGCCCAGGAGUGACACUGGCCAAGGGUGGUGCCAACCUGGGGGUGACACCAGCCCAGGAGUGACACUGGCCAAGGGUGGUGCCACCUGGGGGUGCCACCAGCCCAGCACGUCCUCGGCUUGAUCCCAGCCCGGGGUGACACCGCACAGGGGUGAGCCCAGCCCGGGGUGACACCGGCUGGGGGUGCUGCUGUCCCAGGGCCAGACCCUUGUCCCGCGUCCUGGGGUCUCCCACUCGUGUCCCCCUUUCAUACUCGGAAUAAAGAGGGUUUUGCAGCCCGA